UUCCUUCUGCUCCUUCCCCCACUCGCGCUCAGGCUCGGUCGCAGGGAUCGGAUCUUCCGCGCGUCGGCGGCUCCCCCUAGGCGGCGUCCAGCGACGGAGGGCAGUCCCAGGCUCGGCGGCGGCGUCGGCGGCUCCCCCUCCCGCCUCUCGCCAGUCGCCUCGCGCCCUCACCUCCGUCCUCCGCGCACCGGCCGGCGACCCUGCGUACGCACCUCCUUCUCCCCUCCCGCCUCUGCUGUGCCGUGGGAGCCCGGCCAGCUGCCGAGGGUGGCCGGGCCUUGGCUCCGCCGGUGGAUCUGAACUAAUUAAGUAAUGAAUGGGCCUGUGGACGUUGCUGGAGGGCUUUUUGCUUCUGGCAAAUGCGUUGGCUAUAUUGAAUGAAGACCGCUUUCUUGCUCCCAGGGGAUGGAGCAUGCCUGAAGUAUCAGGAAAUGGGCAAACAAAGUCGUUGAAGGGCCAGAUCGUGGGGCUUAUCUAUGCUACACAAUUUCUGAGGAUGCCCUUAAUAGCACUCAAUGUUCUGAUCAUUGUUGUGAAACUGGUGUCUGGCUGAGGCUCAUUGUCUGGUUUUUGUCUGUUGUGUUGGAUUGAUAUCUGUUCCAGUAUUAUGUAAAAGUUAGUUAUACUCAAAAUUGCUCAGGAAAUAUGUUCAUUUUUACUAAUGUGAAUUUCUGUUAUUUCUUCUGGUAAAUUAAUUCUGGUCAGAAAACGGAUGUAAACAUUUACACUAUCAAAACAUUGUGCGACUGUGUUAUAAAUUUGUUCAAAGGAUUUCUUAUGCA